AUGUCAUCCAACCAGGCCGAGGCUGAGGUAGGCCAAGCUACUGUCGCCAUCGCGCCCGAAGCAGGACUAUCUGUUGGCCACAUUCUGAAGGGCCAAACUGCGCACGAUCUCACGCCUUUUGAGAAGAAAGCGGCUCUCAUCAAUGCCGAACUCGACAAAUUUGGUAUGGGCAGGUACCAAUGGUGCAUCUGGUUCCUGUGCGGCUUCGGCUACUUCUUGGAUCUGGCCUGGUCGCAAGGUGUUGGUUUGAUCGCUUCAGCUAUCUACCAGGAAAUGGGUGUGCCUGAUGGCCAAACCGGAACAAUUUUCUCUUGUGCAAACGCUGGUCUAGCUGUCGGCGCUUUCAGCUUUGGAAUCCUGGUAGAUGUCAUUGGCCGUCGUUGGGCCUUCAACUUGACAUGUCUGAUCACUUCGGUCUUCGGUCUUAUCUUGGCUGCUCCCAAGGAUAAUUACGGUGCGAUUUGCGCUAUAUACUUCCUUGCUUCGCUAGGUCUCGGUGGAAACAUUCCCAUUGAUGCCACCAUCGCUCUCGAAUUCCUCCCUCAAAAUCGUCGCUUCCUUGUUUCUCUUCUCUCCUUGUGGCAGCCCAUUGGUGUCGUCUUUGCAACUGGCGUCACCUACGGCACUGCAGCACAGCCCAAGUGGCGUUGCAAUAUAGACUAUCCCGCUUGCAGUACUGGAAAAACACCUUGUUGUACCGAGAGCAGCAACAUGGGUUGGAGAUACACCCUCAUUAUCCUUGGAAGCGCUACUUUGUUUGUCUUCUUCUUGCGCUUCUUUGUCUUCAGCUUCCGAGAGUCGCCCAAGUUCUUAGUCAGCAGAGGAAGGGAGGCCGAAGCCAUCGAAGUCCUGCACAAGAUUGCCAAGUUCAACAGAGCUCCUCCGCCAGUUUUGACCGUUGCCCAUCUCGCCGCUGUUGACGAGACCUCUUCGUUGUCUACUGGUGAGCUUGAAGCUUCUGGUCAACCUCUCAGCACCACGGACACACUUAAGCGCGUUCUCAAGAACACUGCCCACAGCUUCAAGCAUCUCAAAGCUCUUUUCACCAGCAAGCUGCAGGUUUUUAUCUUUGUGCUUUUGGCCGUUGCCUAUAUGGGUGAUUACUGGUCCUUUAACCUCGCCGGUCAAUACUUGCCUUUGAUUCUUCUCCGAAAUGAAGUCAAUGCAUCUGGUUCUGUCGAAGAGACUUACGCACACUACUUUGCCAUCUAUACGCCUGGCAUUCUUGGUGCUAUGAUCGCCAUGGCAUCGGUUCAGUUGCCUCUCGUUGGCAGGAAGUGGUCGCUUGUCUUCUCUGCUCUUUGUCAAGGUCUUGCAAUGGCCAUGUAUACUCAAGUCACCAACGUCCCCGGCUACGUCGGUCUCAACGCCUUGGAAUAUAUCAUGCAGACUUAUUUCAAUGCUGUCCUUUACGCCUCAGCCCCUGAACUAUUCGACACUGCCUAUCGUGGAAGCGCCAGCGGCAUGCUGUCAUGCUUGGGCCGUAUUGCCGGCAUCGUUGCGCCGUUUGCAGGAGAGAAUCUGAUUGCUUCGAAGAGCUCUGGUAUUCUUUGGCUUGGUGCUGGUGGCAUUUGGCUUUCCGCAAUCACCAUGGUCUUCCUUCCUGUCGAGAUGAGGGAUCGCCAAAUGUUCUAG